AUGAGAACUUGGUGUACCCUAUUGGCCCUUUUCGCCGUCCUCAUUUCAGUGAUCGAAUGCGGAAAAAAUCGAGGAGUCGCUCUCGGUUUUGGCAAACGCUCUGACGAGGAGGGUCUCUCCUUUGGGCCACAAUGGAAAAGAGCGCCAAACAAAUUCAACCUCGGCUUCGGGAAACGCUCAGGAGGAAAGCCGAAAUUCGCGUUGGGUUUCGGAAAACGGAGUGAAAUGUACGAGGAUUUGGAUGAUGAACCCGAGCCAAAUGACGAAUACUUUGAUCUUUCCUCUGACGAGGCUCUCAGCUUCGAGAAGCGUUCUCCGAGCUCUCAUCCCUCAAUGAAAGGGCUUCAGAAAUUCAACUUAGGACUCGGAAAA